CAAUUCAUCAAGCCACUAUAAGCUCAUUCCUCCUUUCUCUCUCAACAAACAUAUAUAUAAUCAUCAUUCCUUCUAAAUAUAAUUCUAACUUCAUUAAUUAAAAAGUAGCAUUGGAACCAACCCUACUCUUAGCUUGUUCAUUUUCAAUUCACUCACCAUGGAGUUACCCAAGCAACUCUUUUUCUUCUUCCUCACAGUUAUAUUUCUCUCAGGACAUAUGGGGUUGCAAGCUGAGGCAAGGGUGCGACAUUAUGGUCCAACAAAGUUGUUUGUUUUCGGAGAUUCAUAUGUUGAUGCUGGAAACACAAGAAAAGAUCAACCGGGUUCAUGGAAACAGCCUUAUGGCAUCACCUUUCCCGGUAAACCCGCCGGAAGAUUUUCCGACGGCAGAGUUUUCUCCGAUUACAUUGCCAAGUAUUUAGGGUUGAAAUCACCAGUGCCAUACAACUUGAGAAAAAUGAUGCCAAAUAAUUUGAAAUAUGGAAUGAAUUUUGCUUAUGGUGGCACAGGUGUCUUCAACACAACAUCUAAAAAUCCAAAUAUGACCAUCCAAAUUGAUUUCUUUGAAAAACUCAUCAAAGAAAAUGUGUACACUGCCUCUGAUCUCAGCAACUCCAUUGCAUAUGUCUCUGUUGCUGGAAAUGACUAUAAUUAUUACCUUACCAUAAAUGGCUCUAUCCAGGGUUUUCCAUCAUUCAUUGCCUCAGUGAUUAAUCAAACUACCAAAGACCUAAUCCGAAUCAAGAACUUGGGAGUGAAAAAAGUUGCAAUUGGUGGCCUACAACCACUUGGAUGCCUCCCUCUAAUCACAUCAACAUCAUCAUUCCAAAAAUGCAAUGAAACCUUCAACAACCUUGUUGCUAUCCACAACAAUCUCUUGAACCAAUCCAUAACCAAAUUGAACCAAAAUUACAAGGAUGGUUUCUUAAUCAUUGACCUCUUUGACUCUUUUACCUCAGUCCUUAACCACCCUAAAACCUACAACCUUCACAAUGAGUUAAUUCCAUGUUGCUUAGGAACAAGUCAAGGUUUUACUUGUGGAGAUGUUGAUAACAACAAUGUGAAGAAGUAUAAGGUUUGUGAAAACCCUAAAACAGCUUUCUUUUGGGACCUUUUUCACCCUACACAAGCUGGUUGGCAUGCUGUUUAUAAUAAGUUACAAAACAUGAAUGCUCUUUCUCAACUUCGGAACUAGACUAAAGGAAUUGAAUUAUUGAAUCUAAAUAUAUCAACAUUUUUUUUA